CCGGCUGCGUAGCCUGUACCCCGCGGCACUCCGUAGUUUCGCGGACGAGGGUUGACCGGGGGCGGUUCUGUGCGCUCGCUUCCACGCCCUUCAGCCCCAGCUUGCAGGAGCUGUGGGCGAGGCUGGGCGGGGACUCCGUGGAGGCGUGCGACCCACCUCCCUCGCGUUCUCUUCUGGCGUCACUUGCGGCUGCCCCCUGUCAUGCCAGGCUUGCUACAGGGUUUGCUGGCUCCGUGCAGUGGGUACGCGCUCCUCGUCCGCCCGCCGGUCCCGGAAGUGGGCUAGCGUCCUGCAGUUCUGCUUCAGGGUGGCGAUUGUCGCCACGGUGGUGGCCACUGCCUCCCGUCUCACCGCCUCGGCCCUAGGCGCCGAGGUAUCAGCAGGCCCCGAGUCAAUGACAAGCCAGGGCCAGUCGGCUCCCGGGUCGUCGGCGUGGAGCGCGGUAUUCCGCCACGUCCGGUACGAGAACCUCGUGGCGGGUGUGAGCGGCGGCGUCCUGUCCAACUUCGCGCUGCACCCGCUGGACCUAGUAAAGAUACGCUUUGCAGUGAGUGAUGGAUUGGAACUGAGACCAAAAUACAAAGGAAUUCUGCAUUGCUUGAGUACCAUUUGGAAACUUGAUGGACUACGGGGACUUUACCAAGGAGUAACCCCAAAUGUGUGGGGUGCAGGUUUAUCCUGGGGACUCUACUUUUUCUUUUACAACGCCAUCAAAUCAUAUAAGACAGAAGGAAGAGCUGAACGGUUAGAGGCAACAGAAUACCUUGUCUCAGCGGCCCAAGCUGGAGCCAUGACGCUCUGCAUCACAAACCCAUUCUGGGUGGCAAAAACCCGCCUUAUGUUGCAGUAUGAAGGUGUUGUUAACGCCCCACAACGGCAGUAUAAAGGGAUGUUUGGUACCCUUUGGAAAAUAUAUAAGUGUGAAGGUGUGCGUGGAUUGUAUAAGGGGUUUGUUCCUGGGCUGUUUGGAACAUCACAUGGUGCCCUUCAGUUUAUGGCAUAUGAGUUGUUGAAGUUGAAAUACAACCAGCAUAUCAACAGAUCACCAGAAGCCCAGUUGAGCACAGUAGAAUACAUAUCUGUUGCAGCACUAUCCAAAAUAUUUGCUGUAGCAGCAACGUACCCAUACCAAGUUGUGAGAGCUCGUCUUCAGGAUCAGCAUAUGUCUUACGAGGGUGUAUUGGAUGUAAUCUCGAGGACGUGGAGGAAAGAAGGCAUUGGUGGAUUUUACAAAGGAAUUGCUCCCAAUUUGAUUAGAGUGACUCCAGCCUGCUGUAUUACCUUUGUGGUAUAUGAAAAUGUGUCACAUUUUUUACUUAACCUUAGGGAAGAGAAAAAGUAAGCUAAAAGAAGAUAAGUCCAGCACAGCUGCCCAAGGCACCACAUGCUCCUUUGUGUUUGAAACAUAAAACUCAGAAGAAUACUACACGGCAACAUGGCUCAUAAUCAAAAUUGGUCUAUGAUCAUUAGAAGUCAGAAAACUGCUAAGUCUCACAAUGUCUGUUUGUUUUUUGCCUUCCCCAUGUAAAUGGGACUUGGCUACCUCUGCCUGAACUGGCUGCCAUCACCACAACAGCAAAACUGACACCACAUGGAGAGUUUCAUACAUUUCUCCAUUUCGUUGUUCAAGUGGAAGCUAAUUUUCAGCAUUUGCUAAGUGGAUUAGAUAAAGUGCUUCUUUUUCUGAAUUCAUUUGCCUGGAUUAGCUUUAAAAUUGACCUCUGUGCAAUAGCAAGAAAAUGACUUCUUAUAAGAAUGUCAUCAGUGUUUCAUGGGUAAAUUGAACUUUUAAGGAUUUGCUGGAAAAGAUGUUGCCCAGAUCCAGACCAUUUUAGAAUUGGGAAAUUUUGGUGAGACAAAUUUUGUUUCAAUUCAGUUGGAACACACUAAAGAAACUGAGAAGUUAGGUACUCCUGUGAACUUGAGAAAUAUCUGACAUCUGUUGUAAUUCCACCACUGAUUUUAUUUCCAGUGGUUCUUCCAUAAUUUAAAAUGUAAUACUGGAUCCCAUUAUUUUAUGGCAUGGGUACCUAGUGCCUUUAAAUUUAUAAAGUCUGAACUAGAAUCCAGCUGUGUCAGCCCUUAUUUAGCACAUCUGUCUGUAAGUCAUACACUGGAGUUGCAAAUAGAUCACCUUAUGCAGAUACCGGAAUGACUGAGAGUUGACAAACAUCAUGGAGCUGAGAAACUUUAAUUUCAUACUUCAGUUUUCAUAUAUAUGGGUCCAGAUCCCAAACAAAUGACUAAUCUACUUUGGUUAUUCAAAUUCAGGUUCUAAUACAAAUUUCAUUAAUGGCCAUUAUUGGUUUUACUUUCAUGAGUCAUUGUAAAUAUGAAGUUCUGCCCCAAAGGGAUGCCAGAAUAAUGCUAAUAUUUUUAUUUAUCAUAAAAGUCUAUCACUGCUAUUGCACUACCAUCUAUUUGUUGUAAAUAAAACAUCGUGGUUUUUCAAAGCCGUAUUUAAAUGGUUCUUUGAAAAUAGGUGUAUGUUUUAUAUUUUGAAAAUGGCAUUGUUUUAAAAAUAAAGGUGAAAUGAUAAGUACCUAAUUAUACUUACUAUAGUUUCUUGUAACAUGUGCAGGAAUACUUUAUGAAUUACAUGUGAUGUAUUUUUUCAUACUUCUGGAUUAUACUAUAAUUCAUAUGAAAUGCUGAUUAUCGUCACUAUAUGGAAAGUCACUAUAUGUAGUUGAUAUCUCGAAUUUUAGAAUUGGUGUCAUUAUUUGAAUGCCUUCUAUGUACCCCAAAUUAAUAAAACAUAAUUUCUAUCCUUUAAGAGCAUACAAGCUUACAGAAUAAACAAGCAAACAUAGUAACUAUAGUUCACAAAGAUUUCUACAAAGCUCUGUAAGAGUUCUGAGAAACGAACUCAUUUCACUUCUCCAACAAAUAGUUGCUGAGCUCCUGUCCUUUGCCGGGUGUGUUACCAAGCAUGGAGGGGAUGGCAGUAAAGAAGCCAGACAACAUUCCUGCCCUCAAGGAACUUUCAUUUUAUUGUGGGUGACGGGAAACAUAUAAGCAUAAUAUGAUUCCGGGCAUUAAAUACUAUGAAAUAGCAGGCUUGUGAGUAGUAUUGCUAUGCUAGGUAAAUGGUUGGGGUCAGGAAAGGUCUCUCUGAGGAGGUAAUAUUUGAGACAUUUUGACAUAAGUGAGGAAGUAAACCACAAUGAGAUAGAGGAAACACUGGAAGAAUAGGAAGUACAAAGACCCUGAGGUAGGAAUUAACCUAGCUAGAGGGGAUGCCUGGCCAGAUGAGAUUGGAUAAGUGGCCAUUACAGUAUGGUGAGAAGAAGGCAGGUUAGCAAGCCAGACUGGCUUCAGGUUUCAGCUUUGCCAUUUUCUGCUUGAUCUUGGGCAAAUCACUACCUGUUUGCCUCAAGUUUUCUCAUCUGUAAAAUGGUGUGUUGGAUCAGUUGCUUGGUAGCAACUCCUGAGACGGGGAUCCUUGGGCAUGUAACAUUUAUUGAGGGAGUGCUCUUGGGAGAAAUCUGUAAUGGAGUGAAGAAAACGGUCCAGUAGGGGAAGAAGAGGUUUCCAGGGUCAGCCUCAGCCUGACUUUACAGUGUACUCUGUGUAUGGAUGAGACCACCUAGGUUGUGCUACCCAGAGGUGUGGGGCGGAGCCAUUACUACCUGCAGUGGGGGAGGAGCUGUCAGCUGAGGGCAGUCCUCUAAAUAAGGCGGAGGUCUGAGCUGUUAGCAGCCAGCACCUGCUGCUGCUGAUGGGUUGUGGGUGCACCAGCCCUAUAAAAGGAAUCUGGGUGGGUCAUCAACAGAAUUUGCUACAAAUCAGUAUAUUACAAGUACGUAAGCAUAGGAUUACUGGCAGGAUUCAAUGCAUAAAUCCAAGUAAAGUGCUUAGCACAGUCUCUGAGCUAGUAAAUGGGUCAGAUCUUACAAGUGAUGAUAAGGGGUUCAGAUUGCAUAAGAGGUCAUUCUGUGGUUGUGUGGAGAAAGGAGACAGGCAAGAAGCAUGAUACUAGUUAGGAAGCUAGUGGCAGUGUGACCCGGUUGAUGUUGGAAGUAGUUGAUAGCCUGAGGGGAGCCAGAACAGGUUUCAUGGGUGGGAAACAUUGAAGCUUUGAAAUAUCUUGAAGGAAGACAUUUCAAAGGGAACCUUGGAACGAUGGGGAAGAGGCACAGGUGACAUGUCUUGAGCAGUGAGUUGAUAAUGAUAAUGACAUGGAAGACAAAGCUGAAAGAUGGGGACUAGAUAGAGUAUGAUACCUCUCGGAGCUUUGCUAAACCUGUUUGGGUUUUUUGAUGGAUAAAGAAGUGAGAGGAAUUAAUGGAACAGAGAGAGGUAGCCGCAUGUUCGGGGCGACAAAGGAAGACCAAUCGGAUGCGAGCAGCACCCUGAGAAAGAAGUUAUCAGCCAUGUAAAUAUUUCUGGGAGUCUAGGAAGGAGGCGAGGUGGUGCAGGAUGGCAAAGGGAAAAUGAGAACAUGAUUGUAGGAAGGAUGUCUGAAGAUUUAAGGUACAGGCAAAACAAAAACCCGUGCUGGAGUUCAACAUGGUGGGACAAACGUGACCCGACAAUCCAAGACAAUGAUGGGUGCCGUGCCUUGUGAAGAGAAGGCUGUUACGUUUCAGUAUGUGCUUUCGUGGUCAGGCAAUUUUAGAAAGUCAUGUUGUUUUUUUAAACACACUAAAAAAAGGGAUAUCAAUUGAAAGGUAUGUUAGAAUUCAUGAGGCAUCAGAGAAAAAUUUUUUGGAUAUGGACACUUUACCAAAUAUAAAAUCAUCCAGAUGAAGUCUGUAUUACCACUUACAUAACAAAGUCUUUUUAGUGAUUAUAAAAUUAUUAUAGAAAUAAAAUACUGGGAAAUUAUUUAUUUAACCUUUAUGUCUGUUUUCUAAAAAUGUGUCAGGUAACAGCGUAUAUGUGAGGUAAGCUGGGUCAAAGUCUUAAAUUUCUUUCUAAUUGAGUAAACAGGAAAUAGACUCUGGAAGUAUUGUACCUAUAAUGAAUACCUGUUAUUACCUGCCCAGCAUCUAGUUCUCCUCCUUCUGUAGCCUGAGUUUCUUGCAGAAUCUACCCUCUCCCUUCAUUCUCACCUUUGUGGUUUAGGUGGGGGGGCCUCCCCUGCACUGGAGGAAGGCCCUGAUGAGCAGAGCCAACCUGCACGUGCUGUCUCUGAUCAGAAUGAAUGGUUUGGAAUUGACACAAACCAUUCCAGCCAGACCGACUCUCGAAGACGUGAUUUUCUGAGUAUACUGACAUAGAUUCUCUCUUUGCUGUUUCUUGAAUGAGGAUUCAUGUAACUCUCAGAGCUCCUCAAAUCCAAUUUAGGAUCAUGAAUUGGGGGAAUGUGUCCACCAAGAACAUGACAGUAAAAUGUUAAAUUAGGUCAUACUUCAAACAUAGGAAAAAAAAGAAAAAAAAACCCACUUCUUUCAGAUAAGCUUAAGAUUAACCAUCUAGAACAGGACUUAUGAAAAAAAAAAAGGAAAGAAAAACUCAGUUAUAAGUCACAUUAUAUGAGAUUCUGGAUCAAUUCUCACCCCUAACACAUGGAUGGACCUCUGUAGUUUCAACUGGGUGAACCAUUAAUUUUCCUUUAUUUUGUAAGCGAGACUCAGCUGGGUUUUUCUGUUACUUACUGCAACUGGAAGCUUCCUACAUGAUGCAGAAUCUAAGACCAUAAAGUCUGUCACUUUCCCAUCAACUGUCAUGAUGCUGGUGAACUCUUGUUUCUAUGGAAAUUGAUGUUACCUUUAUUAAAACUGAGCACUUGGGGACCCUUA